AUGAGUUCAAUAGUAGCUUGCUCUAUAAACGCGGCAUUUUGCUCAACCAAGUCAACGUUCUCAAAGAAAUCGGUUAGAAGGAACUUUGUGAUUCUGCCUAUUCCUGCUCCACAGUCCAAUGCUUGUUUUCUUUCAGGCGGGUUUUUCGAGUUGAAGAGUUGCUUUAAAAGUAACCUGGAGCCUUUAAUGUCAGUUUGUGAGAUGUCAGAGAAGCCUCCGAGCAUUCCGUCCAGCGUAGCGGGUAGUCAGCAGUUCACACCUGUGAUCCAUAUCACAAAACCUUUGGCGUUGUGCCAAAAAAAAGUGAGGACCAAUAAAUACGUCUAA